AUGGCUCCUCGGGGGUUGUGUCAUGGCUGUUGGGAUGAGGGACAUGCAUGGCAGCGGUGUCUUCAUCGACCUAAGGGAGGCAUUCUGGCAUUCUUAAAGCGGGGGGGUCGUGGGUCCAACGGCAAGGCACAGGUGGCGGAUGAGGAGGAGCAGGAUGACAAGGCAGAUGCAGUGGUUGGAGAGGCAGUUGCAGCAGUGGGAGAGGAGCAGCCGCGAGAGGGGUGGUGGAUUGACAGUGGGGCCAGCCACAACUUUACUCCUUAUGCGUCAGACUUCAAAAGUAAGCUUCAGCCACCAGAGGUUCGGGGAGUUAGAUUGGGAGAUGGACGGGUGGUGAAAGCUGUUGGCAUGGGUGAGGUGCCAGUGGUUGGUGCUGGAGGUCAGCUGCUGAGGAUUCAAAAGGUCCACCUUGUGCCUGAGAUGCACACGCGUCUGCUGUCAGUCCCACACCUCACCUCUCGAGAUGUCAUUGUCACAUUCAAGGGCAAGAGAUGGGUCCUUAAACGGGGGGAGAAGGUGUUGGCGAUUGGAGAAAAGGAGAGGGGAAGAGACCAUGGAUUGAACAGGGUCACCCACAGUGCUUUGCCUGCCUCCAUCACACCAAUGGAGGCGUGGUCCGACCAGAAGCCGCAUGUGGGUAUGGCUCGGAUUUGGGGUUGCAUGGGGAGUGUCAUGCUGCAUGGGCAUGAGAAGGGUGGCAAGCUUGAUGCAUGCGCUGUCAUGUGUGUCUGUGUUGGGGUGGACAUGGAGAGCAAGGGUUGGCGCAUGUUGGACCCUUCUCUCAUGCGCAUUCGCAUUGCUCGGGAUGUUGGUUUUCUUGAGAAUGUGAUGUGGAAGGAUUGGGACAAGGCAAAGGGAUUUGGGGAGCUUCUUCAGGAUGCAGCUGAGAUUUCCCAGCUCCUCCCUCUUCCACUCUCGCCACCCUCAGCAGCGGUUGAUGCCGCUGAGAUGCCACCUUCCUCACCGCCACCGGCACCGCUGAGUGUGUCGGUGCAGCAGCAGCCCACCCCUCUACAGCAGCUCAGUGGCCCCUCGGUCAUUCAGCGGAGAUCCGCUACCCAGGCUACUUCCUCUUCCUCCUCCUCUGGUCAGCGCUCUGUCCCUCUCUCUACGGGUGCACCUACGUCACCAGCGACUACCUCCCCACCACCGGUUACGGGUUUGCAGGUGCUUGGUAUCCAGUCUGGUACAGGUGGUGAGGAGGUAGGGGGGGAUGCUGGUGUGGUUGAGGGCAUGCUGUGUUUGGCCAGGGAGGUGGAGGGUGUUGCACUAGCAGGUGUGAGCACCGGUGAUGUCCCACACACACUCGCUGAGGCACUGCGUGGCCCUGAGGGCCCUGCGUGGAAGGCAGGUGCUGAGAAGGAGGUGAAUGCAAUGCGCACUAUGGGCGAAAGCACAAGCAAUGGCGAGAUCGGUGGCGCAGGAGAGAAGAAGCGGGGGCAAGCGGAUGACGCAGGGGGGAAAGAAGGGGGAGGAGGAGGGGGUACUUGGCUGAUAGACCCGGGGGACGGCACCAGCGGGGAAGGCGCGGAAUUUCCUCCCGCGGAGCUCUUCACCGCGCGGAACUUCCCCGUGAGGCUGCCGCGGCGGAAGGGGAAGCGGAGAAAGGGCGACCGGGAGGAGGAUGUGGGAGGAAAGACGAACCCAGGCACGGUGGAAGGCGGUUCAGUGGGGCAAGACUCGUGGGUGCUCCCAGUAACGGGGGAUAGGUUUCCCAUGACGCCUCGGCGACCACGACUUGGUGCGCAUCGCAAUAAGCUGAACCCGAAACACGCUUUGCCACUUCUCCCGGGGCCCCCUCUCUCUCCACCCCCUCUCUCUCCAUCCCCUCUCUCUCCACCCCCUCUCUCUCCACCCCCUCUCUCUCCACCCCCUCUCUCUCCACCCCCUCUCUCUCCACCCCCUCUCUCUCCACCCCCUCUCUCUCCACCCCUUCUCUCUCCACCCCUUCUCUCUCCUCCCCCCGACACUCCCAUCCGCGCAGUCGGCGACCAGCGCGGCGACCACGACGUGGCGCACAUUGAAAUGAUCGGCGACCAGCGCGGCGAUCACGAUGUGGUGCACAUUGCGGGCACGACGCGCGUGUGGAUAGACCACUGCCAGGUGUACAAGGCCUUGCGCGGUACAGUGGAUGCUGUUUACGGCUCUACGGAUAUCACCAUCAGCAAUUCGUAUAUCAGCAACCGCAACCUCACCAUGCUGUUAGGAGCGGAGGACGACGGGGUGUACGACGUGGACAUGCGGGUGACGCUCUACCGCAACUGGUUUGACAAGUCGGGGCAGCGACAGCCCAAGGCGCGGUGGGGCAGGGUCCACGUGGCCAACAGCUUAUAUUCCAAAUGGUCUUACUACUGCCUUGGCGGCCCUGCCGUGCACGCCGAAAACGUGCUUCCAGUGAGGCUGAAGCAGAGUGGAGAGGGGGUGGAUGUGGUUGCAGGGGUGGAUGGAUGGAUGGCAGGAAAGGGAUGGAGUGGUGGUGGGAUGGAUGGACUUUUGAGGUGCCUCAAAGGACUGAAGCUGAGCGGAGAGGGGGUGAACGGUUGCAGGGACGGAUCAUGGAUGGAAGGGAAGGGAUGGAGUGGUGGUGGGAUGGAUGGACUUUUGAGGUGCCUCAAAGGACUGAAGCUGAGCGGAGAGGGGGUGAACGGUUGCAGGGACGGAUCAUGGAUGGAAGGGAAGGGAUGGAGUGGUGGUGGGAUGGAUGGACUUUUGAGGUGCCUCAAAGGACUGAAGCAGAGCGGAGAGGGGGUGAACGGUUGCAGGGACGGAUCAUGGAUGGAAGGGAAGGGAUGGAGUGGUGGUGGGAUGGAUGGAGUGAUGGAUGGGGAGAGACAGUGGAAUGGACGGUUGGGAGGAGAGAUGGAGGCAUGGAGGGAUGGAUGA